AAGGGUAAUUUGUUUGGAAAGUUAUAAAAGUGUCUGAAAAUAAGGACUUUGGACCUUCUCAGCCAUAACUACUAUAAAUACAAUGAUAUCCUUCAUGAUGACAGGUUGUGAUCAAGAAUAUAUUGUAAGUAUUUCUUUGCAGGGCUACUUAGUCUCCUUAAAAGAACAAUUAGCAUGUUAAGCUAACACUUUCUCAUUAAUCAUUUUGGCUGCUACUUCAUUUUGUCAUAGUAUUGUGAACUGAAAUGGGAACACUUUAUAUCGGAAAGCAUACAUUCAGACAGAACAAACAUGAAUUAACUUUGUAGUUUAAACACAUAGAAAAUAUUUUUCAUUUACCUUAAAUGAAGUAGUUAUUCCACUCUAUUCAGCAUUGUUAGACCUUAAUUGGAGCACUGACUUCAAUUUUGGGCAUCAUAUCUUCAAAAAAACAGACCCAAGUGAAACAAAUUAAAAAGAGGGCAGAUAAAAGGUUUGGAAAAUAUUGUAAGACUUAUUCAGCCUAAAGAAAAGGAGAUUAAUUUGAAACUUGUCUACAUGUAUGUACAGGAAGGGAUAGUCUAAAGAGGUCAAGGAUCAACAAUUAUUGUUGGGUCAAGAGUCAGACUAUUAAUAGGUUUAAGCUGCAGCAGUGAAAAUUCAGUCUGAAAAUUAAGAGAAACUAUAUAAUUGGAGGAAAAGUUAGACAGUAAAACGCAUUGCCAAGAUUGGGGUUAUGAAACUGGAGCUAUUCAAGGGUGGCUAGACAUCAGGGAUAGUUUUGGAGUAACUGAAUUAAUCCAAGCAUAAUAUCGGGAGGUUGACUAGAUGACCCACUAACAAUCCCUUCCAACCCAAAUGAUUCAAUGAGACUUCUGAAAUAUCUCAAUAGUGGCAGUUUCUCUGUUUCCAGCAUAAUAAGCUGUUACUACCAGAUAGAUAUGCCAACAGUAAUGUACCAGGACUAAUGCUAGUGAGGUAUAAGAUCAUAGCUGAACAUGGCAUUUUAAAUGUUUCAUAGAAUUUAUUUUUCUGUUAGGUUCAGCUUGCCCUUAAUCCAUGUGAAGAUUUGCUGGCAACAUAUUAUAGAAGUUAUUAACAGUUUUUCACCAUCUCUAACAAAUCGUAUUGUGGUGUUAAAGAAGAGUCUGUCCAAAUGAGCAAAACAUCACAGCAGAACACCACUACAGAAGCAAACGGUAUAAGUGUGAUUCACAUACAAGCACACACAAGUGGUUUGCAACAGGUUCCUCAGCUGGUGCCAGGUAGUCCUGGUGGUGGAGGCAAAGCUGUGGCUCCAAGCAAACAGGGCAAAAAGAAUUCCUCUGUGGAUAGAAACAGUGAUGAAUAUCGCCAACGCAGAGAGCGCAACAACAUGGCGGUGAAAAAGAGCCGGUUAAAAAGCAAGCAGAAAGCACAAGAUACGCUACAGAGGGUCAACCAGCUUAAAGAAGAAAAUGAACGUUUGGAGGCAAAAAUUAAGCUCUUGACAAAGGAGCUUAGUGUACUUAAAGACUUGUUUCUUGAGCAUGCACACAAUCUUGCAGACAAUGUGCAACCUAUUGGCACUGAAAACACCACCACAAACCCAGAUAACACCGGACAGUAGACACAAACUUCAAACUUCACAACCUCGUGGACUGAACAUUAGAGGUGCAGCCCUCUCUGCACUACUCAUUCAGUACAGAGAAGGAAUGCUGUUCUAACUUUUUAAAGAUCAUCUUGUGGGUAUUUUUUCUCCUUUUAGGUUUAACACUGAAGAUUUGAUACAAAUAAAAUGUAAACUGUUUUGAGUAUGUUUUAAAGUGUUAAAUAUUUUCUGCUCUGAAAGGUUUGGUUAAACAAGUAAAAAUGAUCUAAAUGGACAAAACCAAGAGCCUGUCAGUGAAAUUGAAUUUAUACAGCAAUGUACAUUCACCAUCUUAUAUUUUGCAUAUUGUAAGGAGUACAGCUGGGAGGUUUUACUGCAAUACUGAUGGAUAAUUAGAUGAAAUAUCUGUUCAGUACUCUUUAAAAUGUAUUUCUUAAGCAGUCUUUUCUACAUUGUGUAUUACAAAACUUCAAAGGCCAGGGCAGAAAUUUGUUUUCUAAUUUGGUGGGCUACUUCAAAAGUGUAGCACAAGCCCUACCCAAGAUAAUGUAGAUCUCUCUUAGUCAUAGUUAACGGGGAGUGCCUACUAACAGUGCCUAGUAAUGGUGAGCCAGGGUGCUUACUAAUGUUUUCUAAAGACUACUACAUUCUUUGUGAGAAAUUGUAAUGUAUUAUGACUGACAUAGACAGAAAAUUGGCUCACAACCUGUAAAUGGCUAUCCGGAAGCAUCAUGUAUAGGAGGUAAAGUAGAACAACAUUUUAUUUUUAUAACCCCUUUAAGCCUGUGUUCAACAUGCUAGCAUUAUUCAUAUGGUGACUUUGGGUCCUUAUAGCAUCAUGUUUUGGUCUCCUGAAAAUGUUUAAGUUCUGUAAAAUAAUUGCUUAUUAGAAUCACGCUGCUGCCAAGGUGCAGGUAUCAGGAUGAGAGUAACAUGCACACAUUGACUAAAGCAAUGAAAGGGCUAAUGCAGAACAUCUGUUCAAUCACAAUGUAGAUUACUUGAUCCUUACUACCAUACAACACCAGUUAUAUGGCUGUUUGCAUUUCUGCAGGAUAGCAGUUGCUAAACUAAAGUAAUUUUAAAAAGAAAUGCCCUUAGUUUGAGUAACUGAUGCAGCAGACUUCCUAUAGACACCAUUGCCAUGCGAAGGAGUAUCUUGAAUCUUGUUUUAUUUUGAUGAAACAAACAGUUUCUCUCUAACAAUGUUUUUUUUCUUAAAUUUGAUAAGUCCCUUACUGUGACCCAUAACGCAGCAGUAUAUUAUACUGAGGAGUUAAACUAGAAAAGUGAAGCAGGAACUUUGAUGUAACCUUAAUUUAUUUUCAUUUUUAAAUGUUCCAUUAAUAGUAUGUGUGUUACAUAUAACCCGUGUGUCUGGCUAGUGAACUAUUACCUUAUUUUUAUUUCCCUCCUACACUACUUGUUUCCAUACUUGACUUUGUAGUAUGAUUGUGUGUAUUGCGUAUGUAUUUAGGAGGAGAACUUGGGUAAGAUCUUGGUUAGAUGCUAAGUUAGAAAAUAAAACUUUCAAAAAAUCCAUUUUGAGUUUAAACUUUUACUGCAAAGGUCAUCAGCCAAGAAAGACUUUUACAGCUUGUCCUAGUUCAUGGAAGUCUUUUACAGAGAGAAAUUUUCUGGUUCUAGUGACAGCUUAAGUAGGUAGGGAUGAAAUAUCAGAAGCUAAUAAAAAUGUUUUGCCUCAGAGCCUAGAUCGUGCUGCCUCUUCUUUGCCCUCAUGCUUAAUAGAAGCAACAGCAUAUUGGGGCCCAGGUGGAGCCUCUACCUUAUAUCCAUGACUUCCUUGGGACUCUUUCCUGGCGUAUUCUAAUGAGGAUCACAGGCUAGGCCACAAAUGGUCUGAGUAGAAUCCUUUUCAGCUAACCUUAUUUGUACAUUAGUAGUUCAUUAUGGUGGUGAUGGAGCAGUUUAGCCAUAUUUUCACCUUUUAUCUUUUCCUGAAUAUAUUAAAGAAACUGGCCAACUUAUUUUCAUAUAAUCUAACUGCAAAGACAACAUCCAUAGUUGGAAGGAGUCUGUAAUGGAGUUUUUAAGGGAAUCCAAAGCUAUUUACAAAGGUGGAUCGGUAUCCCUUGGU